GCGGGCGGGAGAACAUGAGUGGCUUUCCCCGACAAGGAGCACUUCCGGGGUUAAGUCACCCGGAAGCGGAAGACAAGGGUUGUCUGCUGUCCGCCUGGCUGUCCGGGGGAGCGGCGGCGGGAGGCGGAGGCGGGAGCAGCAACAGUACCAGCAGCAACAGUACCAGCAGCAACAGUACCAGCAGCAGCAACAGUGGCGGCGGCGGCACUGGCGGCGGCUCUGGGUCUGCUUCAUCUCAGCUGGUGGCCCGUGUGCCGCUGGAUUCCGCGUCGGUUCGGCCGCUGUUUCCUGCCUCGGCCCGGGCGGGCCGGAGAGUGAGGGGCCGCGGGCGGGCUAGAAUGGAAGAAUCUCACUUCAACUCCACCCCAUAUUUCUGGCCAGCAGUGCCCACAGUCUCAGGACAGAUUGACAACAGUAUGUUCAUUAACAAGAUGAAGGAGCAACUGUUGCCCUCAGAGAAAGGCUGUACUCUGGCUCCCCCUCACUAUCCUACCUUACUGAGUGUACCCACCUCUGUGGCCCUUCCCACCAACAUUUCUAUGGAUUCUGACACCAAGCCAGAGCAGCUGACCCCUCACAGCCAAGCUUCCGUGACACAGAACAUCACCGUAGUACCUGUGCAGUCUGCUGGCCUCAUGACAACAGGGCCUGGUCUGGUGAUCACAUCUCCCUCAGGGUCUCUGGUGACCACAGCAUCUUCCGUGCAAACCUUUCCCAUCUCGGCACCCAUGAUUGUCUCGGCACUUCCCCCUGGUUCUCAGGCGGCUCUCCAACUAGUCCCUGACCUCUCCAAAAAGGGGGCUACCACUCUCUCAGACAGUGGAGCUGUCAGUGGUGCUGGAGGUAUAGCCCCCAAAGCUCCUCGUGGUCGUAAAAAGAAGAGGCUGCAGGAAUCCGGCCUGCCAGAGAUGAGUGAUCCUUUUGUAUUACCAAAUGAGGAUGACGAAGAACAGCACAAGGAUGGCAAGACGUACAGGUGCCGGAUGUGUUCCCUGACAUUUUACUCCAAGUCGGAGAUGCAGAUCCACUCCAAGUCCCACACUGAGGCCAAGCCACACAAGUGCCCUCACUGCUCCAAGAGCUUCGCCAACAGCUCCUACCUGGCCCAGCACAUACGCAUCCAUUCGGGGGCCAAGCCCUACACCUGCAGCUAUUGCCAGAAGGCCUUCCGCCAGCUCUCCCACCUACAGCAGCACACACGGAUCCACUCCAAGCUCCACACGGCGAUUGUCAAGCCGCACAAGUGCCCUCACUGCUCCAAGAGCUUCGCCAACACGUCCUACCUGGCCCAGCACCUCCGCAUCCAUUCGGGGGUCAAACCCUACACGUGCCGUUACUGCCAGAAGGCGUUCCACCAGCUCUCCCACCUACAGCAGCACACACGGAUCCAUACUGGAGACCGGCCCUAUAAAUGUGCUCAUCCUGGGUGCGAGAAGGCUUUCACACAGCUUUCCAACCUGCAGUCCCACAGACGGCAGCACAACAAAGACAAACCAUUCAAGUGCCACAAUUGCCACCGUGCGUACACGGAUGCCACCUCGUUAGAGGUUCAUCUGGCCACCCAUACAGUGAAGCAUGCCAAAAUCUACAACUGUUCCAUGUGCAAUCGGGCCUACACCUCGGAGACCUACCUGAUGAAACAUAUGCGGAAACACAACAUCCCUGACUCACAACAGCAGGUGGCCGUUGUCCAGGCUCAAGUGCAAGCCCAAGUCCAGGCUCAAACACAAGCAUCACAGCAGCAGCAGCAGCACUUCCAGUCCCAGGGUGGUGGGGCAGCAGGGGGCCCAUCCGGAGACAACCCUUCAAACCCCCCACCCCAGUGUUCUUUUGACCUUACACCUUACAAGUCUUCAGAGCAUCACAAGGACAUCUGUCUCACGGUUAGCACCAGCACGAUCCAAGUGGAGCAUCUUUCUAGCUCCUAGAGACCUUGAGGAAGGGGAGUGGAAAACUUCUCAUGCCUAAUCUGUGCCCCAGGGCAUUUCUUGUGUGGUGGCCUCUCCUCAUGCAGCAGCCUCUGGCCUCUUCUACUACAGCUUCCCUUUGGGGAGGGGAAAGGGGGUUAUAUCUUUGUAACGGCCACUACUUGGCUUCACCAUGCGUGCCUCCGGAGGCACAGCAUCAUGUUCUAAUGGGGAGAAGCGCUCCCUUCUCGUGGGAGGGGCCUCCCCCUUCUGCAAGCACCAUUGGUUUACCAAGGGAACGCCCCCAUUUCUGUCUCAUUUUGUAUGGUGCAAGGAACACCCUCUGGUGCCUAGCAAGCCAAUGGGAAAUGAGGAGAUGCUCGUGGGUGACGGGGCUUCAGAUCUACAGGGAGCACACAGUGAGGAGGUUUCCCUUUGUGUGGAGGGUGGAGAAUUUGCGCUCUCUGCCUCCCUCCCUGAUCCUGUGUGUUGGGGAGGAAGAAUGGUUGCCCUAACGUUCAGCAUCGUACAUGCAACCAUGGGGUGUUGCUGGGGCUCGACUUGCACCAACCCAAUCCAAUGUGAUAGAUGGCUGUGUGAGGGCUUGCUCCUGUUCUGUCAGCCAAACGGCAGGAGGAAGUGGGGAGCAGGCUGGGUGGGGGCUGCAGCUCACAGCCUUUUCAGCGCGUAACCUCCGCCACCACGAUCGUGGCCUGCUGCAGGCAGAAAUAGGAAGUCUGAACCAAAAAAGCCGCUAGUGGGAAGAGUGCCAAAAUAAAAGUGUUCCCCCUCACCCAGAGAGUGGGGCGGAGAAGGCAGUCCUUCCAUCUUGCUCACCCUGAAAGCACAGGCGACGACCCCAGAUGAAGAGGAGACCUUUUCGAGGGGCCAGUGGGAAAGGGAACUGUCGAGCUGCUGUUCUCUGCACAUCAUCUGGAUGCUCUUUUCACGCUCUUCAUUGCCAAGGCAGACUGGAAUGAGGUGGCUGUGGUGGUGCUACUUGGAGAGCAAGAAUCAGAGGAAUCUUCCAGAGGGGGGACAAAGGAGAAGAUAGGGUGGAGCCAACCACCCCUGCACAGAGUGACCAAUGAGAAGGGAGAAAUCCCCAGGAAUAGACUCAAGCCACCUCCCCCAUUGAAUUUAUAUAUAAAUAUAAAUAAAUAAAUAUAUAUAAAUAUAUAUAUAUACAGAUAGAUAGAUAUAUCUAUUCACAACCCAACCCCCAUCCAGCCUGCUCUGUCCUUGCUGUAACUGUUUCUGUGUUUAUAAAAUGCAUUAUCCUUGCACACUUCUAUUUUCAAUCUUUGGUUUUUACCCCUCUUAUUCAAUUGCAUUCUUCAUUUUCAAAUUAUUUCUCCAUUUACUUCUUCCCCCUUUCCCUUCUCUCUAAUCUUGUGGCUUCCUAUGCCUUCAUUUCAAUGUUCUGGUUGUCACUGGGAUCACAGGCAGAAAAGGAGGCACAAAAAACGCUAAUUGAGAUUUUCGUGAUAAAACGAUCCCUCGCGGCCAUGCAGAUUUUUCAGGAAGGUUGGAUGGGUGGGGGUUUGCAAGGACUGGCUUUUUAAAAUGCUGGUGCAUACAAAUAAAUUGGUUCAGAUGCCUUUCUAUACAAAUGAAAGUACUGGCAGUUAUUGGCAGUCGUUCUGUGUCCAGGGCAAGGACAUAAGGAUUGCAUGUUCUUCCCUUGUUCCUGAGAAAGCCAUUCCAGGAGGAAUAUUGCAGGCCACAUUGUUUGCUAACACUUCUACUUCCCUAAGUUCGGAAAACAACUGUUGCGUGAAGACAAACUCAAGAGUGGCCUGAUAAUCCUGCCCACUUGGGACGGAUCAGGACUGAUGGACAUUUCCUUCCUCUCCCCACCCCACCCCCCCCGCCGCUGCCCCUGCACCACACACAGCUCCAGUAAAAUCAGAUAGAAUCUCAAGGUGGUGGUUUGGCUCCAGGGACUGUGGUAAAUUUGAGAGCAAGUGUGCUGUUUCUGUGUCAGGCAUGAGUAUGAACUUCGUGUGUGCAUGUGUCCCUGCAUUUCAUGCAUGCCAGUCUGGCAGAAUCCUGCACUUCUCUCCCCUCAGGGUGUGAAUAUUUGGGCCUGGUAAUACAUGUGUUACACGUGUAAUCAUUGUUGCAAGUAUUGUAAAAACAGGAGUUGUAUUUGCCUUUUCUUUGCACCAGGCUGAAAUGGAACAAUAGAGAGUGACUUUCUUGAGAAUUGUGUACCAAGCAUCAUGUCCCAAACACAAUUUUGAGUGUUAACUCAACUUGUCAUAAUUUUAAUGUCAAUUUGGCCUGUUGUAUAUUUCCAGUGCCUCCCACUUGUAUACAUAGAGCAGCAGGUGCUCAUGUCCAUGAGAGCCACCAGUUUGGGGUGGGGUGGGAGGCACUUGCCAGAUUCAAGACCAAAGACCUCCCUUUCCUGUUGCAAGAUGGAUCGAUUAUUUGAUGAACCAUACAGAAUGCAGUGGUGGUGGUCUUUUCCUAGCAGGUUAGUGCAGUCUAAGGUGUGUACAAGUGGUAGCUAUGUCAUAAACCUGGAAGUGUUUUGUGAGAAUACAGCUGAUGCCUUUGGUACAUAAGGCCCCACUCCUAAUUCUGUUGAGCCUGCCUUUUAUGCCUUGUGUUUCUUCUGUUUCUGUCUAUUUAUGGCCUACAGACAAGUUUCUGAAUGUGCAGAAGAUGUUUGACCACAGAGGGGCAGGAAAGAAUAUGUACUGGCAUUUGGUGUCAGUGGGGCUUGCAUUAAUGCCUCUCGGGUCUCUGAAGAUGUGCUGUUUAUGUACUGUUUCAGUAUUUCAGUAUGGGUGCGCAAGCUGUGGUGUGUGGGCCACAUGUGGUCCCCCGGGUCUAAUUUUGGCCUCCUAUGAGAACAGCAGUCUUCCUGACUCCAAACUCUCUCCCAGCAAUUCUGAUGUGAAUCAAGAUUCCAUGUGUAUGUGUGUGCAUGUGUGCCUGGAUAUCCCAUACAACUGUUGUGACUGAGAAUGGCACACCCCUGAUGCAGAGAUUAGUAAAAGUGUACACUGUGACUUGGGGAUGGGCAACAGGAGAGUAAGGAGAUGUGAGAAUGCAAACUCUUAUAUGUUCUAAGCCUUAAGGAGCUGGGUGGAACUGCGAGCUCCCUGCCUCUCACUGGGAUGAAACAUAAGCAGCUGCAUUGGGUAUAAGUUGAGGAAUUUGUGCUUCAGGCAGACACAUUCAAGUCUGCCAUAUGUGGCGCAGGCCAGUUGGCUUAGGUGCUGUGGCCUCGUUGUGCUUAACGGGGUUGAGAGCCACCUGUGGCCCUAAACAUUGAACCCUGAAGGGAAAUACAGGAAUUACAUCUGCCUGUUAGCACUUGAAGUUGGAAUGUAGGAGUGCUACAGUCCAUCAGGCUGAACAGGUGUGGAAUAUAGAAACAAUUUGUCUCUGUACAAAGCAUCUCCCUUUGCUGACACCUCUUCUGCCAUUCCCUGCCUUGCCUGAAAUAAGCAUCCUUGCCUCUGAGUUACGUUAGAGAGAGGAGAGAUUGUGGAAAAUGGAUUGUGGGAACUGAGGUGAAAGAACGUAAGAUUCUUUAUGUUGAAUGUAGAGCACUUCUCCACAGAUGCAGUGCUAAAGUAGCCAAUGAAAACACAACAAGCCAGGAAAGCAUUAAGGCACUGCUCAGUGUUUGUGCUUUACUUGAAUUUUUUCCAUCUUCAGUGCAGAGAAGAGCACCAGGUUAUUGAAUAUUAAGAGGACUGUUUCCUAUUUGUUCAUACCUUUUUAAAUUACCACAUCAGUUCAGUGUGGGUAACUUUCAGCUAAGAGCCUUUCAUAUUGCAUUUCCCAGAGGGAGAGGGGUAUUUUAAAUUUCCAACAUUAAUAUUGCAUUAGAACUUUUUGUAUUUAAUUUCAUUACUUUUUAAAAAAAAGAAUAAAUUCCAAAAGCCCUCUUAA